AGCGUGUAUUUUUAUGUCUAUGCAAAAUAUUUUUCAGCAAGUUUUUUUGCAAAGUCAACUUCAAUUGAUGCACAAAAAAGUAAUAAAUAAGUUAUAGAAACGCACAAUUAUUUUGAAAAACAGUUAAUUGUGAAGCUAAAUAACGCAGAAAUACUCCCAAAUUGUAACUCUUCACUAAAACCCAACAUUGAAUAAUGGAGUUAGCAAUCAAACCAGAGUCUCGCACUGAACAGCACACAGACCUUCGCGAGGAAAUCAUAACCAGAAGCAAUAUGGAUAUUGUGGGGGACGAUAUUGUAAAGGAACACUGUUACGUCAGAUCUAAUGCUAAGAAAGUGUUCUACUAUCAUCUGAGCGACCAUAAUUAUUUCAACCACCGCAGAGCCUUUAAGCAAAACGCACAACAGAAAACCAAAACAGACUUACAGAAACUGAAACAAAAGCCUACAAAAACACGCAAACGAAACAUCAAAAUAACAGAACUAAGAGCCGUUUAUAACUGCAAGGCAUGCGGUUACCGUACUAUGAACCGAGAAAUAUUUCCAAACCACAAAUGUGAGAGGGAACCUAUAUUCAAACCUUGCACGGACUGUGACAAGAAUUUGACCCCGGAAGGAUACCAACGAUGCCACGAAUGCACUUAUUUCACAAAAAAUAAGUCGAGUUUGAAAGUUCAUAUGCGCAUUCAUGCGAAAGGGACUCCUUAUAAAUGUACGGAGUGCGAGUGCUCGUUCAAAGAUCUGAAGGACCUCAUUCUACAUUACGAUGAAGUUAAAGAUUUGAAAUGUGAUUGUGGGUAUGCAACGCAUGUUAAACAGCAGAUGGUAACACAUAAGAGAACGCAUACCGGUGAGAAACCUUUCUGCUGUGGUGUAUGUAGCUUUUCUACGAGUGAACGGUCAACAUUGCAUAGGCAUUUGAAAACUCAUGAUAGGAUUUAGUAUAUUAGACGGGGCUAAAAAUAUUGGGUCAAGUAAGGUAUGUUUCAAAUCCUAGCUGCCGACUGCAUGAAAUCGACCGCAGCUGUACUGCUGGGUCUUAAUUCUGCUAAUUUUACGUAAGCGACAUACGAUUGAUAUCCAACUGAAAUCCAAUUACGAUUGAAGCGUAUAUGGCAUUCUGCUGUUUUUUCUUUUAAAUACUUACACGUUUUUAUCCUUUUCUGUAAUUCAAUAAUGAAUCACAUUGUCUGCAAAUGAUUUACGAUAGCAAUAUGAUUGUAGAGCAAACUACCGUAUAGACCAAAAUCACCAAAAUAGCACACCAAUCGCAAACCAAUGAAAUGUUAUUGGAAUACGAUUGGUCUUAUAUUAAUAGCAGAAUGCCCGCUAAGGUUAAAACUGCUAUUGAGAUUUAAUUGAUAUCCAAUUGUCACAUUAUUUACUUAGCAAGAAUCAGGCCCCUGGUUUGUAUGUAUGUACAUGAAACCGUUUUGUAUCGAAGCGGCAGCAGCACGUGCAGUCGCCCUCAGAUAUCAACAGAUUUCAUGCAGUCGCUGCAAGUGCGGUCGGCAGUUGCAGUCGGCAGCUAGCAUUUAGAACCAACCUUAGAUAUAUAUUUGUUACAAAAUUAUUGAUUUGGUAUUGUUUGAAAGUUUUAUAGAUCUCGUUUUUAUUUUCAAAAUAUGUAUUUGGUUUUGUAAAUUGACUUAGAUUUUAUGUUCUGUCUAAAGUACAUGCGAAAAAAAUAUGAUUAAAAACGGCUAUAGGUAUCGGCACGAAUCUUGAGCGCUGACCCUCAUCUGCGCAGAAGUGAUUUAUUAGAAAAGAACCAAUCCCGAGUGACGGCUAUGACGCGAUGCGCUGCGGGCCAAUCACCGCUUUAGCCCGUCCCCGCGCCUCACUUCAUACCAAAAAAAGGGACUUAAUAAAUUUCUUCUGCGCAGGUGAAGGUCAGCGCUCAAGAUUCGUGCCGAUGAUUAUAAUAAUAACAUGACACAGCUGUACCGAUUUUGGUUUCGAUUGAUGAGAAUAAAAACUAAUGAGUAUACAGAAAGGUUCUUUAGAAAAGUAGUUUGUAAUGAGUGAUUGAAUCUUAAACGGUAUUUAUUUACCUAUAUCAUGUUUAUUAUUUUGUUCUUAUUUUAUACUUUGCAUAAAUAUGACGGCGUGUUCGUCAUCAGGUUAAACUGUAGGUCCCGGCUGUCACUGAACAU